AUGAUUAAGUUUAAAAUGGCAUCUCGGAUGUGCCGUGGCAUUCCCAACGGAUAUAUCUUGAUGGUCGUUUUGUUUUUGUCGGGGCAAGCUGUAGUUUGUGACAGCCAGUGCCCAAAGUUCGCGGAAAGGCCUCUGGAAACGAGAGUUCAAGAUGCUUCAAUAGUUUUUAGGGCGGUGGUCGUUCAGGCACACUAUCAGAUAAAGACAUUCGAUUUGGCUUUAGUAUCAAUAUACAGAGGUGGAGUUGAGUUGGCAUCGAUCAGCCAAUACGCUGGAUCACCCUACAAUACGACAGAUAGGCAGGUAAAUCUCAAAAUCAAUAAUCAAUUACGUGAUUGCUUUAACUGGAGCAUGGUCCAACAAAGCGAGCUUGUGGUUUUCGCUCGUGUCAGUGAACCGGCUGUAGACUUGGAAACAACACCACCUGAUGGGCCCUGGCUUGAAGCUACUGCAGCAGCUGUUCCUUGGAGCUUGGGAGUCGAUAUAGCGAUAUGGAAUGCUGUCGGCUGGGCUGGCUGGGGGGAGUGGGGUGUAUGUAGCAAAACUUGUGGUGGAGGAAGACAAACCAGAAGAAGAUACUGCUCAAGAAACUUUUGUGAAGGUUACGGCGAACAGGGAAGAUCAUGUAAUUCCUUCAAAUGUGAUGGUACAAUAAAUCCUCUGGCUCCAGACGCCAGGCGAAACUUUCACCCAGCACAAGCCAGAUGGGGCCUAGUACCAGAUAGACCUCAUGCCUUUAGUCUGAAACCCAACUCUUAUAUCUGGAUAGCGUCUUCCGAACUUUUCGCUCCAGGCAAGACCUUCCCCAGAGAAUUUACACUAUUCAUUUCUUUAAGAUUAAGACCUGAGAGUGGUGGUUACGGACAAGGAACAUUAUUUUCAGUUCGUUCAAGACGUAAAACUGGUUCAUUUUUGUCCCUGGAACUAGCCGGGCGAGGCGCAGCUAGAUUGGUUCAUUCAGGUGCUGGAACUUCCCGGUCUAUAUACCUUGCUGUCCCACUUUAUGACUUUAGGUGGCAUCACAUCGCUAUAAGUGUCCAUGACGACAACACUGUAAGAGUGUAUGUGGAUUGUCGAUGGCUGAGGACUGAUGUACUCGAAAAGGACGCUUUAGAUACACCAAGGGACGCUGAUCUCAUUAUAGGCUAUCUCUUCUCAGUAAGUAGAUGUUUUAUUUAA